GAACAAAGGGUGCAACAAUCUGACUGCUCCGCGUAAGCUACAGGGCGAACUGCCCGCCAACAGCCCACAGGGCCGGCGUGGGAUUCUCAAUCCGGAAGACCCUCUAGGAGGAUACGUCUGCCGAAGCUGUGCCCGAUGGCGCAGGAGGCAUGGCUCACUGCCUGACGAGGCCAAAUGUAAAAAAAAAUUGAUUACACCAGGCUCUGUAUGAGGUUGCGGCCAGAUGACAAAGAUCCGCAAUGCGCCGACUGUAAGUCCAGGCGCUCAGAUCAAGAGUCUAAGAAUAGGAAAUCCCUCAACCGCUUUCGUUACACACCAGAUGAAGGCUUCGAAGGCUUUUACUGUGACGCCUGCUGGCCGUAUUUCAAGAAGCACGGCCGACAUAGGCCACGUACGUCUCGUGGAGAGCUCCGAACAAUGAACCAUCAGGCGGGCGAUCCUUGCGGACACUGCCGAGCACCAUAUGUGAAGAAGACCGGCGGUUCACACUCAUUCCAUCGCGAGCUCCAGAAAACGCUCUGCAACCGGUGCGGCGUGAUCUUCAGCAAGCACGAAAAACUUCCUACUGUGAAGGUUCUUGCUGAACGGGAUUUGAGGGAGGCUCGGAGUAAGAACGAGCAGAUAGUCUGCUCGAAAUGUUCGGCAGUUGAGAAGGAGAACCCCUCCAAGUACCUAAAGCACGGAACUGAUAAGGAUGGCAACAUCCUCUGCCGGAAAUGCAUUGUUCAGACUCUCGCGGACACCGCUUUCUCAGCGAGAUCAAACCCGCGAAGUCAACCAAGGCCCCGUCUGCAUACGGCUACAACUGAGAAAUUAGCGCCUCUAAUGCUAAGGUAUUCAGCAAUGACAAGCAGAAUGUACACAUGAAGCUACGUCAUCAUGUCAGAAUAAGAGUUACCAACGCAGCAGAGUACAAGCGGUCCAAAGACCGCGUAUUAGGCCGAUUUUACACUGAGCGUGGCCGCAUUUUUGGUGCAACCUCAUACCUCGCCCUGUUGAGUCACCAUGUUAUCGCGUUUGAGGAGUUCCAGGCUGCUGUGUUUGAACCUCGCACUUGAAGAACGUCGAGAAGCUAUUGCACCAGCCUCAGAGACGCC